GUAUUCCACCUGAGCUUGCAAGGCAGCGUUUGCGGCUACGAGCUUGGUUGCACGGGUUCGGCUGUUUGGUGCCGCCUCCCGCUCCGGAAGCAACGCACGAACGGAAACGCCUUGGUUGAAAAGGAUUCGGCGGCUUCUUCGAGCGGGACGGAAUCAGGAAUUUGGGGGCGUACCCGGAACUUUGGAUAUUCUCCAUACCAAGACAUUAAUGGGGAUAAUUAUUAUGAACCCCAUGGAGACCAAGAUGACUUUGAACACAAUGGGCCUAUGUCUGACAACCAACCUGAUCCCCUCGUCGAGGAAAUAAUAAGAUUAGAACAGAAAAUCUUCUAUUUCGACGAACUUUUAUUCACUGAAGGCUCUUGGUACGAACCACCCUACUCCCGUGACUACACUUUGUUUGCUGAAGAGCAAAUUGAAGCAAACAAGGUGGCAAUUCGAGAAAGAGCAAAACUUCUUGAGUCAGUCUGGAAGGAAAAGGAGUUUGAGAGGAGAUUAUGCGAAGGAUCAGAACUGAUGCAGAAAAUGCUGGACGACUUUCAAAGAGAGAGACUAGAAGCUGAGUCUAAAGCCGAUAAAUUAGUUAAUGAUCUCUGUAUGGCUGUUGAACUUAAACGCUCCCUCCAAUCUCAAGAUCAAAUGAGGGAGAUUAAUGUUCAAAAAGAGGCUCCAGAACCUAAGACCAACCCUGAACCCAUCAACCAACAGGUGCCAGUUCUAGAAGAAUCACCAAGUUCUACACCCUCACAGAAGCCCGAGAGCAUAACAACUCUUGCUAGGGCUACUGUGGUGAUGUUACCUGAAUACCCUCCUAGCCAAGUCCUAACCAGCAUAGUCGUACAUGAGGUGGAACCAACUGAGGGACCUGACUCAGAACCAUCUAUGCUUAGUCAAGAAAAGGAGGAGGAAGUUUUGCCUGUAGCAAUAAAUGACCAUCUCCUUAAUUGUGUUGAAGACACACCUCCAGAGAAACCUGUUCUGGAAGAAGUAGAGCCCAUUACCUGCCCCCAAGAUACCAAUGUCCAAGUGUCUGAGCAGGAAUCUAUAGACGAGGAAUUACUUUGUAUGGAAAAGCCAACUCCGUUUAUAGAAACCUGUGUAGAUAAUGCUUCAUCUGAAGAUUCAGACCAAACCUUCUUUGACUCCCUACUUGAUGGGUGCGACUUUGUCUGCCCGAAGGAUAGUUGGAGCCAAAAGAGUUGGGAUGAACUUCUGGUAAGUGACACUGAAGACUCAUCCAUGGGAGAAAGCACGGUCGUAAUCAUCAAACCACAAUUGGAUAGUCUGCCCAUUGAAGACAAAGAAGAAAUCAAUCUCGCUAUAAAGGCAAAUGAUGUGGACGACUUCCGCCACCACCAAUCAAUACAAAGUCUCCUCCAUAUAUCCUGUUGCCACCAAGCCGCAGGGAUGAGUCAAGGAUCCUGGACCUUGACCAAGCAAUAAAUCAAACAAGGCCUUAUGGCCAUUGUAACACAACCUUUUGAAUAUUAAAAUCUUUUACUCUUU